AUGAACACCACUGGCACCGCCCCUCAUCAUCACGUCGGCCGGGACGCUGCCCUCGCUGGAGGCACAGUCGGCGCCAUCCAACACGAGCGCAACGUCCACCCCGGUCCGAUGACCACCGGCGGGGAGCAGCGCGCGGAGAACACGGCUGCCGGGACGGGUCACGGCACUGGUCUUGGCGGGAAGAUCAAGAAUGCUCUCGACCCUAAUGUCGACUCGAACGGUAACCCCAAGACCGGCUACGCCGCGACUGGCGUGACUGGUGCUGGUGCUGGUGCUGGUGCUGGGACGGGGUACCCGAAUGGUACGACAGGCGCUUCAGGCACCCAUCAUCAUGCCGGCCGGGAUGCGAUGCUCGCGGGGGGUGCGGUCGGCGUAGGCGAGCACAUCCAUAACAAGCACCAUUCUGCCAACGCUGCUGAUGCUGCCAACGCUAGUACCGGUGCGGGCUACAAUGACGGGUACGGCAACACCGCUGGUGCAGGUGUCGGUGCCGGCACUGGUACUGGCACUGGUGCGGGGACAACCACCGGUACAGCCAACAUUGCCCCUUCGACCCGACACGCCGGGCUAACGCAUGCGAAAGGGAAGCUUCAAGAGGGAUUGGGGAACCUCACGGGGGACCGGACGCUCCAAGCCAAAGGGCUGGCGAACCAGGAACAGGCGAACGCGGAACGGUUCCAGACGGGCCAGAUUGGGGAAGCGCAGCAUCUGGAGCGGGCGGCGGCGGCUAGGAGGGGGGAUGCGGUUAUGAGCGGGGCACAUCCUGCGCAUGGGACGCUUGGUGGGACGAACUACUGA